AUGAUCAAUUUGUCUAUGUCUCUAACAAUAUGGUUGCUCUUUGUGAUCCCCUCUUGUGUUUUGUCAGUUGAUGAGCGUUACUUACACUGCAGUACUUUUUUUAAAUGCGGCAAUCAGACAGAACUCUAUUAUCCCUUUUGGACAGCUGAUAGAGAAGAGUGCGGUCACCCGGAUUUCGAGGUCACCUGCAGCGGAGAUUUCGAAGAGUUUAGUAUAUCUUCAGUUAAGUUCCAAAUCCUUGAGAUGAACUAUGAGUCUCGUAUCAUAACACUUGCCAGAAAAGAUUAUCUCAAUAACCUCUGUCCUCAACAUCUUGAGACCGCACUUAUCAACACAAACGUGCUUCCGUUUUAUAAAGACACUGAACUGCUAACUUUUUUCUACAACUGCUCUGGUCAUCCCGGUGAUUACAUUACUCAGCUUCAGUGUGGCCUGCUCUCAUCUAAUUCGUAUGAGUUUACGUCAUCCUGCAAAAAGACCGUUGAUGUCGCCGUUUCUCGAUCUGCCUUGAAAACAGCAGAGAUAAACCAGAGUCUGGAGACGAUAAAGAAGGCUCUUGAUAAGGGUUUCGAGGUUGCAUUCAACAGUGGUUGCUCUCGUUGCUUAGAAUCAAAGGGUUCUUGUGGAUAUAAUCACCAGUCGAGAGAGUUCGUUUGCUAUUGUAGAAAUGAGCAUACUUGUGGUCGCUUAUCUCUAGGCAUCGGACUCGCUUGUGUAUUAUUGGGUGCUACUCUUCUUACCGGAUUUCUCUGUUUCAUUAUCCAAAAGAGAGUAACUUCACAUCAUCCAAGACCAAAAGACCAUAGCCUAAUGGCCUUAAUACAACUCAAACAGUACAGUUAUACAGAGGUGAGGAAAAUUACAAAAUCAUUUUCACACAUUGUUGGGAAAGGAGGUUUUGGAACUGUCUACGGGGGAAACCUUUAUGAUGGUCGUAAGGUUGCGGUGAAAAUCUUGAAAGAUUUUAAGGGUAAUGGUGAAGACUUCAUCAACGAAGUCGCAAGCAUGAGCCAAACCUCUCAUGUGAACAUUGUAUCUUUGCUUGGUUUUUGCUAUGAAGGGUCAAAAAGAGCAAUUGUGUAUGAGUUUCUAGAGAAUAGAUCUCUGGAUCAGUUCAUUUCUAUAGAGAAGUCACUAAAUCUAGAUGUGAGUACACUAUACAGAAUCGCGCUAGGUGUUGCUCGGGGACUUGAAUACUUACACCAUGGCUGCAAAACAAGGAUUGUGCAUUUUGACAUCAAACCUCAAAAUAUACUAUUAGAUGAAAAACUAUGCCCUAAAGUCUCGGACUUUGGCCUUGCUAAGCUCUGCGAGAAAAGAGAAAGUAUAUUGUCCUUGCUAGACGCAAGAGGAACAAUAGGUUACAUUGCACCUGAAGUGUUUUCAGGGAUGUAUGGAAGAGUCUCUCACAAGUCAGAUGUUUACAGCUAUGGAAUGUUAGUCCUCGAGAUGAUCGGAGCAAGGAACAAAGAAACAGUGGAAUCCACAGCUUCUAACUCUAGUUCAGCUUACUUUCCAGAUUGGAUCUAUGAAAAUCUGGAAAACGGUGAGCAUACAUGGAAAUUUGGUGAUGAUAUAACUAGAGAGGAGAAAGAGAUUGCAAGGAAGAUGGCCUUGGUGGGACUCUGGUGUAUACAACCAUGUCCAUUAAAUCGCCCACCAAUGAACCGAGUUGUUGAGAUGGUGGAAGGAAGUUUGGAUGUUCUUGAAGUCCCUCCUAAGCCUUCUUUACAUCUUUCUGUAGAGCCUCUACCUCAAUCUUCUUCGCUCUCAGAAGAGAAUUCAAACUACACUGAUGUAUUGAUAUGAUCCACAAGUUGA